CUUCGUCAGGUCUUCGUAACAGCGCUGCGGCUCUGGCAUCCUGAGCCUUUUCAUUGAUGCAGACAUUGCAGUUGGAAUAGCCCGCCUCGCAUCAGCUGCACAACGCGACGGUCCCGAUGGAAUGGUUUGGACCGUGCGGCUGACGUCGACGCCUCGAUCGCCUGUCGUGCCGAUGGCUGACGCGCUGACGGUCCUGGUCAGCCUCCGCCGCCGCUCAUAAAUUCCGCCGCUGGCGAGGCAGCCCUCUCUCCAUCAACCAUCAUCAUCUUCAUUGCGACUACUAGGACAACAUUAUGCUACCCUCACUACUAGGCGACUUGGCAGCCUUCCUGCAUCUGGUCACACACCGGCCGCAAAGCAAGCUGCUAUGGUUCUCUACCUUGGUCUCGUACGUCUACAACAUCGUCGCCGACCGGAUCGGAGACGACAUCAUCCUCAUCUACCUCCGUGACUCGGUUGCUCCGUCCACCGGUCUACCAGUUAUGCUACUCUGGAGAGUCUACAGGUUCUGGAGUCUGAGGACGAUGCUUUUCUUGCUGCUGCUCCUGCCUGUCAUGGAGUUCGCUUGGUACUUCGGUCGUGAGAAUCCCGCCCGGCGCGGGUUUCUCUACCGAUGCAUGGGGUUCUGCGUGGUGAAGGCAUGCCGCGGUGCGAUGUCCGGAGGCCUUACGAUUCUUGCCGCAGCCGCCCUCGGACGCCAUGGUUACCUCGAUGGCAUGUCGGCUUUGAGGGUUCGUAUUCUGGGAAUGUUCUUCACCGUUCUGCUCGAUGAUCUCGUCAUGUGGCCGACCAUGACGUGGAUCAUGCGUUCGCGAAACGACUACUCGUCAUUUGCGGUGGCUCAGCUUGUGGACGAAGUCGUCGAGUAUCUGCCGACACUCGCGCGAGAGGCCAUCCCGCCCGAGGAGGUGUGCACUAUCUGCUACCAGACGCUGGAGGACAUUCACCACGGCCGGGUGGUGAACGACGACGGCACGCCAACUAGCGAGCCUGUUCCUGUCAAGAGCCGGCGCGUCACGAAACUGAAUUGCGGACAUUUCUUCUGCAAGCCGUGUAUUCGUGAAUGGAUCCGUCGUGGGCAUGGGUCAUGCCCCGUGUGCCGCGGGUGGUUCGUCGACAUCGUGCCGUCUCCUAAACAAAUGACCUCGGGCAGGAUCAACGACCAGCGCCCAGCGCAUGAUGUCCCGCGCCGCGGUCCAGGGCCCGUCCGCACUACUAUCGAGGCCAGCCAGGGCACUCGUGCCACGAACGACGCCGCCGUCGAUGAGCCGACGGUAGUCAGGUCGGUCGAGGUGACGCAGCAACCCGCUCAGCCAGCGGUGACGCACAGCGACCCGCUUGACGAGGCUAUCAGGUUGGAGAAGCUGAAGUUGCUCGACUUCCUGCGGAAGGCGAACAGGCGAAUGGAACAGCUGCAAGACCAGCUGAAGAUCGUCGAAGAGAUGAGCAGCGUGGUCAGCGAGUUCCAGCGGGGUGGAGAAGGGGAAGCAACGGGAGCAGGCGCGGGACGCGGCUCAGGCUCUUGAAGCACACCGUUGCCGGGUGUAUCGGAGUGGAGUGCACAUGACCCCGAGGGGAGCAGGGCGUGGCGCACAUACGGUAACGGAGGCAGCAAUGCCACAACGGUUUACUCGGGAGCCGUAACAUGGUGUCCAGGUGACGCUUAUGCGGCUCGGUGCCGGCGGGAUACCGUCGAGAUGGGGUGUGCGCGCAGCCACGCCGCGAUUGAGUUGUGUCGCGGUCCGUCAGUUGGUCUAACAUCACG